AUGAGAUUAACCUACUUAGCUACCCUCGCCAGUUGUCUUACUGCUAUUCACGCUGCUCCAGCAGGUGUCCACACUGUGUUUAUUACCGCUUAUACCACUGUUGUUGUUGACCAGAAUGGGGUUACACGUACACCUACUUUAGCAGCUACUGAGACUGCAGGUGCCACUGGAGGUGAGGUCGAAGGUGGUGCAGCUGCCAUUUCAACAUCUGCAAACACAGGUGGAGCACAGCCAACAACAUUGACUACACAAAGUGCUCCACCAAAUGGUGGUGCUAGCAUCAGCAGCAGUAGUACUAGUCAAUGGGUUCCUAGCACUACUGCGUCUAUUGCCUCCACCUCGCAAUCGACAAGUGCGUCGUCAUCACAGCCUACAGGGUCGCUUCAAUCGGGACAAGGUACUUACUACAGCACUGGAUUGGGAGCUUGUGGAAAAGUUAGCCAGGAUUCCGACUACAUCAUAGCCAUCUCACAUGAAAUGUAUGACGAGCACAAUAUUGACAACAAUCCAAACCACAACCCCUUGUGUGGAAAGCAAAUCAGAGCACACUAUGAGGGUAAAUCAGUUGAAGUGACUGUUGUUGAUAGGUGUGAAGGUUGUGCCUAUAAUGACUUGGAUUUCUCACCAUCGGCAUUCAAGAAAUUGGCUGAUCAAAAAUUGGGUAGAAUUGAUAUCACUUGGGAAUGGUUAUAA